AUGGGAGCCAAUAAUGUGCUUCCUCUGGCUCUCAUCUCUCUGUUUUUGACUUUUCUUGUCGCGCAAGCGACAGAUAUCAUCGCAGCAAAUCAGACUCUUAAAGACGGAGACACCAUUGUUUCAGAAGGAGGGAGCUUCGAGCUCGGUUUCUUCUCUCCGGGAGGAUCAAGAAACCGGUAUCUCGGAAUUUGGUACAAGAAAGUCUCUCUCCAGACGGUUGUAUGGGUCGCAAACAGAGAUUCUCCUCUCUACGAUCUCUCAGGGACCUUAAAAUUCUCUGGAAACGGGAGCUUAUGCCUCUCCAGUGGAGGAAACUACAUCAUCUGGUCAACAUCGUCUCCUCAGAAAACCAGAGUAAGAAACCUGAUUGUUCAGAUUCUUGAUACAGGUAAUUUAGUUGUGAGAAAGUCAAGGGAUGAUCAAGAUUACAUAUGGCAGAGUUUUGAUUACCCUGGAGAUACGUUUCUUCCAGGAAUGAAAUACGGUAUGAAUUUUGUAACCGGUGUAAACCGGUUCUUGACAUCUUGGAGAUCUCAAGACGAUCCAUCAACUGGUAACUACACGAACAAAAUGGAUCCAAACGGUGUUCCUCAGUUUUUCUUGAAGAAAAACUCGGUUGAUGUCUUCAGGGCUGGUCCAUGGAACGGUCUAAGGUUCACCGGUAUGCCUCACCUGAAACCUAACCCUAUCUAUCGAUACGAGUAUGUGUUGACAGAGGAAGAAGUCUACUACACUUACAAGCUUGAAAACCCUUCAGUGAUCACAAGAAUGCAGUUGAAUCUCAACGGAGCUUUGCAACGUUACACUUGGGUUGAUAGCCUUCAGAACUGGAACUUUUAUCUAUCGGCUCAAAUGGACAGCUGUGAUCUCUACACGUUGUGUGGCUCUUACGGAAGCUGCAACAUCAACGAAUCUCCGGCUUGUAGGUGCUUAAAAGGGUUUGUUCCUAAAUCCCCAGAGGCUUAUCUUGCAGGGGAUUGGUCAGGAGGGUGUGUUAGAAGAGUGAAGCUGAGUUGUGGUAAAGGAGAAGAAGACUUUCUCAAGAUUUCAAACUUGAAGCUACCAGAUACAAGAGCAUCUUGGUACGACAAGAACAUUGAUUUGAAUGAAUGCAAGAGGGAAUGCUUUAGAAACUGUUCUUGCUCGGCUUAUUCGCAUUUCGAUAUUAGAGAUGGAGGAAGAGGAUGCAUUCUAUGGUUUGGAGACUUGACAGAUAUAAGAGAGUAUAAUGAAAAUGGGCAAGAUCUGUAUGUGAGGCUUGCUUCUUCUGAGAUAGAGAAAUAUAAUAUCACUGAAAUGAAGGGAAAGAUAAAGAUGAUGCUCGUUAUAGUAUUAUCUGCAGCAAUGUUUCUUAUUUGCCUUUGCAUGGUUUUGACUGUCUUCAACGUCAAGAGAAAGAAACUUGCAACAAAAGAAACUUUGCAGCACGAUUUAAACCGUGCUUCAAGCAGGAAACAAGAGGAGGAAGAUCUUGAAUUACCAUUUCUUGAUCUUGAAGCAAUCGCAAAAGCUACAGAUGGAUUCUCUGAUCGUAAGAAACUUGGACAGGGUGGUUUUGGACCGGUCUAUAAGGGGACACUGGUUUGUGGACAAGAAAUCGCUGUGAAGAGACUCUCAAAAACGUCGAGACAAGGGGUAGAAGAAUUCAAGAACGAGAUCAAGCUGAUUGCGAAACUGCAACACCGUAACCUUGUCAAGAUUCUUGGCUAUUGCGCGGAGGAAGAUGAAAGAAUGCUUAUCUACGAGUAUCAACCGAACAAAAGCUUGAACGCUUUCAUUUUUGACAAAGAACGGCGCAGAGAACUUGAUUGGCCUAAACGAGCGGAGAUAAUCAAAGGGAUUGCUCGAGGACUGAUGUAUCUCCAUCAAGAUUCAAGGCUUCGAAUCAUCCACCGUGAUCUCAAAGCAAGCAAUGUUUUGCUUGGUUCCGAUAUGACACCGAAAAUCUCUGAUUUUGGAUUGGCUAGAACCUUGGGAGGAGAUGAAACUGAAGCAAACACAACCAGAGUUGUUGGAACAUAUGGAUAUAUGUCUCCAGAGUAUCAAAUCGACGGAUAUUUCUCAUUGAAAUCUGAUGUAUUUAGCUUCGGAGUCUUGGUACUAGAGAUAGUUUCAGGAAAAAGAAACCGCGGAUUCUGCAAUCAAGAACACAAGCUUAACCUUCUUGGACACGCUUGGAGACAGUACAAAGAAGAUAAGGCAUGUGAGUUAAUAGAUGAAGCUUUCAAGGAGUCGUGUGCUGAUAUUUCUGAAGCCGUAAGAGCGAUACACAUCGGUCUGUUAUGCGUACAACAAGAUCCUAAAGACAGACCAAACAUGUCAGUGGUGGUUCUGAUGCUGAGUAGUGAAAUGCUGCUUCCUGAACCUAAGGAGCCUGGCUUUUUCAACGAGCGUAAUCUCUUGUUUUCUGACACUACAUCGAUUAAUCUCGAGAUUCCUUCUAAUAACUUUCAAACCAUGAGUGUAAUAGACCCUCGGUAA